AUGGAACACUGUUCUUUUGAAGAAAUGGAUGAAUUAAUUCGGCCAUCUUCUCAUCCAGUUACACCAGCAGUUAUCGAUUCUUCAAAAACUGAUCAGGUUGUUCGAAAUACAACGACUGAUUCUCAAGAUAUCAUACUCAAAACAAUCGAAGAUAAAUUUCGAAUAGUUUUCGAUCGUCUUGCACGUGUUGAGCGAUCGAAAUCUACACGCACACUCAUCAACAACGACUCCAGACCUGCUUCAAGUCGAUCAGUUCAGAUCGAAAAUUCAGCAGCUAUAUGUUCAGCAAAUUUACAAGCACAAGAAGAAAUCAGUCGUUUGAAAUUAGAACCUGCCAUAGCACGUUCACAAUUGAAUAAUAAUCAAUCAUCAUCACAUCAUAGUCGAUCAUCGGCUUUUAAACCAAUUCCAAAUUUGGUGAGUGAUAAUCAUAUUCAUAGCUCACAGGUACGAACAUCUAUCAACAUUAUAACACCAAAUGUUAUCCGAUCAUCACCAUCACUGAUACCAAUAGCAAUACCAACUUUUUCAUCACCAUCGUUAAAUUAUCCUCCAUUAGUCUCUACACCAUUUACUAUGAAUAUUAAUAAUAUUUUACCGAGCUUUAAAGGUUUAGCAGAAGAACGGCCUGUUCAAUUUUUAAUUGAAUUUGAAAUUCGAGCUGUUUCUCUUGUCGGGAAAAACGAUACUCUUCUGUUACAAACUGUCCAACAGGCCCUUUCUGAACGUGUUCUCAUCUGGUUCAGUCAAUUACAAAGAUCUCCUGACCGAGUUCAUAACUGGAAAGAAUUCAAGACAAGAUCAGUGACGUUGCUGUCGUCACAGGGCUCCCGUAUCAAAUAA